GAGGAACAGAAAGGUCAGUUGCCGCCAGGGAGGUAACCGUGAAAAGGACAAAACAUAACACAUCUACACAUGAUCUCAUCUCUCUCUAACUCCCACCAUUCUUCUACUCUCCCUUUCACAUUCUCUUUCGUUUGGAUCUCCUUUCAAAACUCUACUGAAACGCCCAACGGUCAUAUUUCCGCCACCUUCUUAAUAAAGCUCUCCAAUUUCCCAUCUCAGAGCCGUUUCUUUCCUCUCUUUCUUUAAUAACCGACACCCGAUUCUUUACUUACUACAGUUUACUUUUCUUCCAACAUGUCUCGCUCUCUGUUACUCCUACUGUUACUCUUAGCCUUUUCGCUUCCACGUUCUUUGAGGGGUCAAAAUGGUAUCGCUCCCAGAGAUCUAUGGUGCGUUGCAAAGAACAACGCCGACGAUCAAUCUUUGCAGGCGGCGAUCGAUUGGGCAUGUGGGCCUGGUGGAGCCAACUGUGGACCAAUCCAGCAAGGCGGACCUUGCUAUGACCCCAAUGAUAUUCAAAGAACUGCGUCUUGGGCUUUUAAUGAUUAUUACUUGAAGAAUGGCCAGUCUGAUGAUGCAUGCUUCUUUAGCAACACUGCUGCUCUCACUUCCUUAAACCCUAGUUUUGAUAACUGCAAAUUUCCUUCCAGCUUAUCAGUGAAUAAUGGGAGCAUUUCUGGUUCAUCGACGACGACAACAACAAUCGGGAUGGGGCCAGACACUGCAGAUUUGAGUGGAAGCAGACAGAAUGGUGGCUCAUGGUUAUGGCCUAUAAUCACCACCGGUCAUUUCUUUGUUGUGCUUGUGAUAAUAAUUGGAUCACAUUAGAGAGCUCAGUUUGAGUCUUUACUGGUGUAAACAAACAAUUUCAAAUUUUUAAGCAAAAUUGUUGAGGCAAAAGCAAAGGCUUUUUGUUGAGUUGAUAGGUUUUUUGGUGACAGAGAAAAAAUAAAACACAAUAGUUCUUGGAACGGGAAUCACUUUCCACGUUUGUGAUCUAUUUGUAGCUUAGCUCUGUAAUACAAAUGGGGUCGAUUCAAAUUCUUGUAAAUUGCAAGUAGUUGAGGCUCAUAUAUUUGCAGGUUUAUGAUCCUGUACUUUUAACUA